AUAAAAAACAGAACACCGGAACCUGAAUAAAACGUUGUUGUUGUUGUUGUUUUAAGUGGCUUUUAAAAACGCAGUCGUAUCUGCCGCGUAGCAGAAAAGUGUAAUAAUGAAAUCAGUUUCUUGCUGCUCUACGGUGGCAUUGGACCUGCACCUGAGGACGCGAGCUGGAAAUCGGACAAAAAGAUAAGAUUUCCUAUGAAACAGAUUUAAAAAAAUAAACGAGUUUGCACUUUUUUCCAGAGUCCCGAUAAAAGCAAACCUUACCUACAGCAGCCUGUCGGAGACCGCAACAUGAAAGAAAGUGCCCGUUACCUCGAGGAAUGUAAAGGCUGACUUUGAGGAUCACGUUGCGAAAGAAACAACUCUUCAUGGAAAACUUCACAAAUGCUACGGAGGUUUUGUCAGAAGGCACCGAUACUGACAGCACUGGCCUCAGUGUCCGAGCACUAACUGGAUGUCUUUUGUUUCUCCUCAUCGUGUCCACCCUGUUAGGGAACACGCUCGUGUGUGCCGCUGUCAUUAAAUUUAGACACCUGAGGUCCAAAGUGACCAACUUUUUUGUCAUCUCUCUGGCGGUGUCGGACCUCUUCGUUGCGGUCCUUGUAAUGCCCUGGAAAGCGGUCACUGAAGUGGCCGGGUACUGGCUUUUUGGUAGCUUUUGCGAUACCUGGAUUGCCUUUGAUAUCAUGUGCUCCACUGCUUCUAUUCUUAAUCUCUGCAUUAUAAGCGUGGACAGGUAUUGGGCAAUUGCAAGCCCCUUCAGAUAUGAACGCAAAAUGACCCAGAGAGUUGCUUUUAUCAUGAUCGGGGUUGCAUGGACUCUGUCGAUUCUGAUUUCAUUCAUACCCGUGCAGCUAAACUGGCACAAAGCUACUGUAGAAGAUGCCCCCGCAAAUUUCAGCAACCACACUGAAAACUGCGACGCGAGUCUGAAUAGGACAUAUGCCAUUUCUUCCUCCUUGAUCAGUUUUUACAUCCCUGUGGCCAUCAUGAUUGGCACAUACACUAGGAUUUACCGGAUCGCUCAAACCCAGAUUAGAAGGAUAUCUUCCCUGGAAAGAGCCGUGGAACACGCACAGAACUGUCACCACCAUCCCAACGACUGCCCUCACGAGCAUUCCCUGAAAACGUCGUUCAAAAAAGAAACCAAAGUUUUAAAGACACUUUCCAUUAUAAUGGGGGUGUUUGUUUUUUGCUGGCUUCCCUUUUUCGUACUAAACUGCAUGGUGCCCUUCUGUGACAUCAACACGUACGAACUCGGGGAACUCCCUUGCGUGAGCGACACCACUUUCAAUAUUUUUGUGUGGUUUGGGUGGGCCAAUUCGUCCUUAAACCCAGUGAUAUACGCUUUCAACGCAGAUUUUAGAAAGGCCUUUUCGACCAUACUAGGCUGCAACAGGUUUUGCUCCAGCACCACCGUGGAGGCAGUGAAUUUCAGUAAUGAACUGGUCUCCUAUCACCACGACACCACCUUUCAGAAAGACGCUCCAAUUGUCUUUACCGCUGGUCAGCUCCCGCACGCUGUCGCCCAGUCGGGCGAAGAAGUGAGCAUACCGUUUGACAAGGUCUCCGUCCUGUCAGAUACUUCCCGCAGCCACAAGAACCUGCUCUUACCUGCGGCUGUCCAGUUUGAGUGUGAAGCCGAAAUUUCACUGGAUACCAUAACCCCGUUCACUUCGGCGGGACCUAACGAAUGUGAUGCAAUUCCCGGACAAAUCCGGGAAUAAUAAACCUGCUGGCAGUGUGGGCUGUGGUGGUCCUAAUUAACACUGGUGGAAUUGUCCCAAAGGUGUACUGUCAGUCUCCGCCCAGAUGAAAGAAGAUACCUCAUGUUCAUGGGCUUUAGAUCUUCACACAGCACAACACUGUAGACUGUGUCAUAAACUGACCUUCCUUUCAGUAGUCCAUCCUUCUUGGCAGCGAUGUUCCACACAGAAAAUGUGUCUCGGUACCCACCAAUUUCCAUCUCACCUGAGGCUAAUGAAUCGGACCUUGCAAUCUGUGGACUGCAGUGCCCUAAACGGUCCAUGCGGAGCUGAAAUUUAUUUCAAUGGCAUGUACUUGGACAGCUAUGUACUUCCCAACAAUCAGUUUGAGUACCAGUAGCAACAUUUCAGUUCACUGAAUACGGGGACAGCAUUGGAUACCCCGGCUUGGAUCUCUGCUUUGUUUUACCUGUACAAGUUAACUGUCUAACGUUUGACGACACAGAACCUGGUGGAUCAACGUGAAAGCUGAACGUGAGGUUUAAGGAAUGAACUAGCCAGCAUGAAUCUCCAUCUCUCUAAGCUGUAGCUUUCCCAGCUAACUCCGCUGGCAUGGUCUGAACGGCCAGAGCAAGCUAAUGCUCAGGCUGUGUCUGGGAUGGAAGACCAGGUGUCAGUGAGCAGUGCCUGGUGUGGGCAGGGCAGCUGUGUGCACCUUUCUUCAGGCAUGCAUUCUGUAAAACAGGGGCAGCUGAGCUCAAGUAUAUGAGCAGAAUUAUCAUCACUUAUACAAACCAUCAAUUAAGACAUGGAUGUCCCAUUUUUGCAUUCUUUACUUUUUUCAUUUUAUUGCUCCAGAAAAACCCAUCGAUGUAAUGUACCUACUUUUGUCACUGUAGAUCCACCUGCCUGUUCUAGGUUCCGCAGAUUUUCUGCUUUGAUUUUGAAAGGCUUAGAGUUCACUUUCAAAAUGGCAAUUCAAAGAUGAUUCACGUUAUUAGCAUGAUGUCACUACGAAACAGCUGAUGUUUUCUUUUUUUUUGCCAUCCAGCUGGAUUCUGGAGACAGGGGCCUUGACUGGGCUCAAAAUAUUUGUCUCCUGUUUUCCUCCAGUCAUUAAUCAUUCACCAUUCAAGAGCAGCAGGAGACACUUUAAUCAGAGCCUCCAAGGAGAGGAUGACAUACCAGGUGGUUUAUAAUGACUUGGCUCUGUAUGUGUGAAACCAAGUGCAGUUAACAAAUCCAACAACAACGUCUUCACUAAUGACAGCUGUUGCCUAGGCUGUUUCUAUUCAAGUCAUUUAAGUAUUAACAUGAUGUAUUAUCUGUGUUUUGUCGGUGUGGAAAAAAAAGUACAAUAUUUAAACUUCCUGUAUUGUGUUCCUGUAAUUGUUUUAAAAUU